AUGGAAUCCUUCCGCGAUGCACUGCUAAGCCCGUUUCCCAAGGGCCCAUCGGACAUCACAAAGUUAGACGACAGCACUCACGACCGGCAGAACGUCCGUGAAUGCAUCGCCCGCGGGGAGAUCGAGCAGCUUCGCCUCGGAGCCUUUACCAACCGAACCUGGAUCAUCAGUGACCGGUAUUGUGCUGUUGGCGACGGAGUCGAUUCUCUUGAAGGCUACCUGCAUUCUAUUUGGCACAUCUACUAUCAGCUUGGUCGGCUGGCGUCUCAUGAAAGCGCUGACCAAGACCGCCUGGUCCUGGAUAUCGUCCGCAUCCAGGGACUUGGCCCCCUAACUAGGCCUGUGUCAGGAAACUACGGCAUCGAUAUCGCACGAACAGUGCAAGGCACGCUGUGGAAUGACCUGCCCUUCCUGGCCACGGACAUGACGGAUUUCUGGAUCACCAAUUGCGCGCCCAUGUCCGGUGUUCAUCGCCUCAACUUGGCCUCCUUCUUAGCCAAGCUGGCGUCAACCCGCGUGGCCAACCACAAGAUCUGUCAGAUCGCUCUCGUCUUGUUUCGCUCCACAUUUGAGGAAACACGAGCCCUUUGCAGCCCGGAGACGCGAGACGAGGAAGAUCUAUCUCGUGACAUCCGCAGCCUUACAGUUGCAGAUUUGCUGCCAGCUGCUUGCGCAUGGAUCAAAGAGGCCAACUACUGCCUCAUCCAGUUAUCCGACGCUUUCUGGAACGACUGCCCAGGCACGCUCAGUCAGGGUGGUCAAAACUUUGUUGAAUCUGAGCUAGGAAUGCGUUCGCCAAUUGGGUUUACGCCGUGGCGAUGGAUGUACUGGCUGAAGCGUCUGCAUGAGAUUCGGGAUGAGGCACACGCCGCCCAUGAGGAGCGCCUGGAAGAGCACGCUACUGAUGCCAUCGAGCGCAUGAUCAAUAACGUCAAAGAACGCAACGCCGGUAUCCUGCGAGCAUAUCAGAGCGGUGGGCCUGAUCUACAUCAGGAUCCACAUCUACUGUGCUUAGUUACGUAA